AUGGCUAGCGACUACGCAGACGACCAUCGACAACCACGUGCACCUCGACGUGACCACCACCGCGCACCAUACCCAGAUUACGGCCCAGACUUCGCAGGCAUGGAUGACUAUGGAGCAGAUGCACGUGGUCGGCCAGCGCCAAGAGCUGACGACCCACAUGCUGCAGACUUGCCACCGCCUCCACUAGGCGAAACACUCAAGCCAGCUCUUAAAAGAGAGGGCAGCCGCAGCAGAGUCUCGCCGGACACGCGACCACAAUUCGAAGACGGUGUCUCGGCGCUCGGGCGCGGUCCACCUGAUCUGGAGCGCAAGAACAGGCCACGCGAUAAAGAGUUUAGAGACCGCCGAGACGGCUACGAGAGCGACGAAGGCGACGCACACAAAGCUUCCAAGUACACACCUGCCGGAGGUCGAAACCGCAGAGACAGAGGCGGCGCAAGAGAUCCUCAACCUCCCUAUCCCGACAGUAUGGUGGGCUCACGAAGGGGAGGAGACCCCUACGACGAUGCUCCUCCGCCGAGAAGAAGGAGAGACCCAGAUCCGUACGAGGACGACUAUGCUCCGCCACGACGGCGCCGAGACGAUCCACCGGUGCAAUACGGCUCUGAUCCAGUACCGGCGCGUCGGCGAAGCUCUCGCCCACCUCCACGGCGUGGAGACCGGUAUGAUGACUACUCAGACGACGAUGACUACGACCGGAGACCGCGCAGACGUCGCAGCCAUGAUGAUGCGCGCAGGAGGCCGAGAGAGUAUGACGAUGAUCGAUACCAUUCAGAUGAACCACGAAGGCGGCGCGACGAUGAUUACGAUCGUCCACGGAGACGAGACAGAAGCAGGAGACGAGAUGACGACUAUGAUGACUACGACAGCCGGGUCUCACGUGGCGACCGUGAUAGGCGCCGGGAUGACAGGCAGCCGAAGGAAAUCAAAAUCGGCAAGUACGACAUUGGACCUUGGGUGGAGAAAGGUCAGAAGCAUUGGGUGACACUUGCUCCCAUCUUGACGCCAAUCGUGAUGAAUCUGGCGAGGAAGCAUAUGGGCGGCGGCUCGAGUGGUGGUGGGAGAGGUAGCAAACGAUAGCACGACGACCUCGAACGCUACCUCCACAGCCGCUCGCGGCAUUGAGAAUGUGCUUGCGGCAGGCAGUACAUUCUGGGUCACAAGAGUCACAGCAAUUCGCAGAAUCGAAGCUCAAAGCGGAGUGCAAUGAAGGAGGGAGCAUGGGACGUGCUGGAGGACUUGGAGGACUUGGAGGACUUCUGCUAUUGAGGGCGCACGCGCGAUCUAGAGAAGGAACGGACAAGGCGAAGGCUACAUGUAAUGACGAGACGACGAGACCUGGGAGGGACACAUUGCAUUCGGGAGUAGGCGAGAGGGCUUUGUAGCAUUCGAUAAGCAUUCUCAAUCCUGAAGAAAUUUCUGAUAGAGGU